AUGAAAAGAGCCGCCUUAACAGCCCAGAAGGGCUCCCGACAGGGCCAGGUCUGUCAGUUGUGCCAAUUUUCGACUUCGGCGUCCAAGCGCGGUCUGCCUAUCGCGCGUUCAUCACUUGUGCAGAGUCGGACCCCAAUCUCCGCCCUCCGCGCGCAGCCUUCACAGAGAAUCGAUAGAUUGACAUCGCUGUCCUCAUUAGUCGUGCGCCAUUUCGCCAACUCGGCCUCUACACUAGGCUCUGAUACGGCGCUGAAGGAUAUCGCGCGAGAUGCAUCUGCCUUGCACGAAUCGAAUACCGUAGCCUCCAAUGAAGUGGUGGUGGACUUGCUACAACGAUGCCAACGGGUCGCAGAGCUUCUAUCUUCGCGUGAACGAGAUCAAACCGAGGAGUCCUCGGGUGACGAGGGCAACGCGAUCUCAUCUUUACUGGACAUGGAGGAGAAGCAAACUGCCACAAAGAGCAACGGGAAAUUACAAUCCUCACAGAACCCGGAUCCUCGAUUGGCCGAGUCAGUCUCAAAAAUCGCCAUUGCUAUUUUGAAGGAUGAAAAGGUCUUCAUCUCGCCCGAGGCUCUGGCCUCUUGUACCGAGACUUUGACCCUCUUGCGCCGCGCCGAGCAUUUCCCCGAAAUCUUCCACCUCUACGCAAAUAAGCCGGUCCCAGAGGAGAACAGCUCCCCGGUCAAGUUGCUCAAGCCUAACCCCAAGAGCGUCAACAGUGCCGUUCCAGCCGAGCUGGCGAACAAGGCUCUGGGUGUUGCGAUUGAGCAGAAGAACCUCCCGCUUGUGCUGGCUAUUAUUGACAACACCUUCUGCGCCCCUGCCUUCCACCGGGCGAAGAUCUUCAAGAAAGCCGGUGUCCCGUUAAUCGGUCUUGCGGCCGCUCCGGCUGCUUGCUAUGCUGUCGCAUCGUGGGCUGCCACAUUCCAGAACACGAUGGAUCCAAAUGUAGCAACUGGAAUCGCGUUCGCUGCAACAUUGGCUUACGUCGGUGGCACAUCAUCCAUGGGUAUAUUGGCCAUCACGACAGCUAAUGAUCAAAUGGAGCGUGUAGUAUGGAUCCCUGGUAUCCCGCUCCGUCAACGUUGGUUGCGCGAGGAAGAGCGCGCCGCCAUGGACAGAGUCGCCUGUGCUUGGGGUUUCAAAGAUCCCUACAUGAGAGGCGAGGAGGUUGGAGAGGAAUGGGCGAGUCUCCGAGAGUUCAUUGGCAUGCGAGGAAUGAUCCUGGACAAAACAGAGCUUAUGGUUGGCAUGGAGUGA